CAGCCAUGGCUACUUCCGGUGAAGAAAAAUCUAGUGAAAAGGUUCCAAAGUACUUAAAAUCUCUUCACGAGAGGGAUCAACAGAAACGUUUGAUAGUCGUAUUGGAACAAGCAUCUCUAGAGACUGUCAAGGUUGGCAAACAGCAUGAACUUCUCAACUGUGACAAACACAAACAUCUCAUGAAAAAAUACAAAAAAGACACAUCAAAAUGCAGACCAGAUAUCACUCAUCAGUGUCUGCUGAUGUUAAUGGACAGUCCUCUAAAUCGUGCAGGAUUGCUUCAAGUCUAUAUUCACACAGAGAAAAAUGUCCUUAUUGAAAUUAAUCCGCAAACUAGGAUACCUAGAACGUUUGACAGAUUCUGUGGGCUUAUGGUUCAAUUGCUGCACAAACUGAGUAUAAGAGCAUCUGAGGGUCCAACUAAAUUAUUAAAGGUUAUAAAAAAUCCUAUUACUGACCAUUUACCUACCGGAUGCAUGAAGAUCUGCAUGAGUUAUGCCAGUACUGAAGUGGUUGACCCAGCAACCCUUGUACCCCCUGAUAAACCAAUUGUAUUUGUCAUAGGUGCUAUGGCUCACGGGAAGGUUGAUGUUGACUACACAAGUAAAGACUUAUCUAUAAGUAACUAUCCUCUAUCAGGAGCAUUGACAUGUGCUAAGGUGUGUUCUGCCUUUGAGGAUAAAUGGGGAGUGCGAUAAUCUAUAUUCUAUGUCUAGUAUAUGUUCCUGUCCCAGUGGAGAUUAUACUGUACAACAUAUUUUGAGCUAGAAAUCAACCAGAG